AAACGAAAGAGAGAAGAAACAGAGAAAAAACUUGACUUUUACAGAGGGAAAGAGAAUGGUCAAACAUGACCGGUGGCGCCGGUCAAUGGUUGAUAAACCUCUCUCUCUCUAAAACUCACAACUCAGUCCUUCUCUCUCUGUCUUAAAUUCUUUUGUUUCUCUUUGGUGAGUCAUUGAAGGGUUUCGUGGAGGAGAGAGAGAGAGAGAGAGAGAGAGAGCCGUUUGAUAUUUUUUUUGUGGUGGGUUUUGAUUAUCAAAACUGAAUUUUGCCUGCCCAGGAGAAUUGUUAUCGGCCAUAUCUGGGUUUUGUUCCAAGUUUGGUGGAAGAGAAAUGGCACAACAACGUUCGCAUGUACCAAAAUUUGGGAAUUGGGAAAGUGAAGAAAAUGUUCCAUACACAGCUUAUUUUGAUAAGGCUCGCAAGGGUCGAACUGGAACAAAGAUUAUUAAUCCAAAUGAUCCUGCAGAGAACCCAGAUAUCCUUAAUUAUGGAUCUUCAGCUGGUGCUCCUACUUCCAGGGCCAGACCUGAACAAGAAAAGCCAGUAGGGCAUGGUGCAGUGAGACCAGCACAUGAACGGCAAAGGAGCAGGGAGGAUGAUGACUUAAGGCAGUUUGUAAACUCACCUGCCCAUCAUGACAAUUUGGGUCGCAAAGCUGUUAAUGAUUCGGCACAUCAACAGCAUGGAGCCCGUGGUACAAGUUCAGGUGAAACCUAUAGAAGACCUGUAAGACAAAGUGCUGGGUCUGAGCAAAGUAUUGAGCGUUCACCCAUCCAUCGUCAUGCAAGGGUCUCAGGGAGAGAUUCACCAUCUUGGGAAGGAAAGAAUUCAUAUGACAGUAGCCAUGGUACUCCUGGAAGAUCUAGACUGAGACCUCGAAGCGAUGACACUCCUGAUCAAGGCGCUGCUGUUCCGAAAUUCGGAGAGUGGGAUGAAAACAAUCCUUCGUCAGCUGAUGGUUUUACUCACAUCUUUAACAAAGUAAGAGAAGAAAGGCAUAUCGGAGUAGGAAAAGUAACUGGCACUCCCGAACGUUCUUAUCCAAGUUCGCAGAAGCCAGAUGCUAAUGCCAAUGCCAAGGGUUGCUGCUUUCCAUGGUGCAGAAAAUGAUUUUCUCUGAAUAUGUGGGUAAAUUUAUGAUGUGUGCGGGACCUGUAUAUAUAUCUUUGGAGGCUGACUCUCCUUCUAAUGGGGGAGUGGCUUCUUUGAAGUGCAUUCAUUUUCUCCAGGUGUGCUAUCUUGUAGCAAUAACCAUUUCAUUCCGAAUGGAAACAUGUCUUCCUUCUUCUUCUUCUUCUUCUUUUUCACCUGUGGUUAGCCGUUGUAAUGUUACAAUUUUAUUGUCAGUUUUGCUGUUAUAUUUGGCUGGAAAAAGAAUAUAUAUUCCUAAUUCAUUUAUUUUA